UCACGUUUCCACUCUAAAAGGUGGCCUCAUGAGAUCUAUGAACAAUAGAAGGCACAGAAGCCCACAGUAAGCUUUCCCCUACCAAGCUAGCACUUCCACUGGCUCUUUUAGUGUCGCGCCGUCGCUGCUGUUCGCUGACGAGAAAUUCCAGCAACCUCACAGCCAUAUGAAGGGAGUGCAACACCUCCUCUUACCGGCCAUCCCCCAGCAUUGGAACGAAUGGCUUCCCCGGGCAACAUCCCUCAAAAUGAGAAAUCAAAGUCCUUCGAUAUCGUGGAAACCUACCACCAACUCUUGAAGGAAGACCCCGAUCUGACAAUGCCCGUCGCCGCAAUCGAGGCCCUGAUUGAGCUCCUCGUGCAGUCCCGCGCCGUCACUGUCUACGAAACCCUCGACCUGGUCAAGACUCAAUCGGACUACCUCAAGUCCCGAAUACCCAACUCCAUAUCUCUUUCUGCCGGAACAGAUUUGUUUCAACGGUAUAUGAUAAGCUCGUUGAAGCCGAGCAGCACGGGGAACUUUGAUACGAUGAGACAGCAUCUGCUGAGUAAUGGCAGGCUGUUUGUGAGUAGGGCGAAGGCGGGCAGGGAGAAGAUUGCCACGUAUGGAAGGCACUUUGUGAGGGAUGGUAGUGUGGUACUUACGCAUGGAGGAAGCAGAGUAGUGGGCGCACUGCUAGGGAAGGCGGCAGAGGCGAGCAAGAGCGGUGGAAAUGUCAGGUUCAAGGUCAUCUAUGUUAUGAAUGAUGCGAGGAGUUCGGAGAGUAAGGCGGUGGUUUCUACGUUGAGAGCAAAGGGUGUCCCUGUUGCUACGAUCAGUGAGGGUGCUGUUGGGUAUGCUAUGGGAAAGGUCAAUUUGGUGAUUGUUGGUGCUGAAGGGGUCGUGGAGAAUGGAGGCAUCAUCUCGAGAUUGGGCACAUAUCAGAUCGCUCUGCUUGCAAAAGCUGCAGGAAAGCCGUUCUAUGUUGCCGCCGAGAGUCACAAGUUUGUUCGACUCUACCCGUUGGGACAAUAUGAUCUUGGUAUCGAUCAGGAGGUCAUUGUAUUCAAGACGGAUAAGGAGGACUUGAGCUCGGAGGAAAAGAAAUUCGCGGAACGAACACCAGAGAUUGAGGAGAAGAAGGAGUAUUUUGCUCCUGGCAUGGAUAUGCCGAAGCCGAACACUGCUGUAGAUGCUGUUGAUUUUACGCCUCCGGCUCUUGUUUCAGCACUCAUCACUGAAGAGGGAGUGUUGACUCCUAGUGCUGUCAGUGAGGAGCUCAUUAGUGUGUGGUGGUGAAGGACCUCCAACGACACGAUGAGAGAAAACAAGCUAGUGAAAUCUUCCAGACAGGGACUUAAAACCACACAUUCUCGGGAGAAGGGACUAGCCAGAUCUAGACCGCACCCCAGAUGCCAAUGGGAAGGAAAGACCCAAUACUUUCCGUCACGGAUAUUCGAGACGGAAGAGUGCUAGGAUGGCAUUAUGACAUAGCCAGAAAAGAUCGCAAUAAAAAAAUCUUGUGAGGUAACAAGAGCCACAUAAAGAUAUACUGCCCUUCGGAAUCCCUCCCAGAAGUUCAACAUCUUUAUCUGUUUCUUUGAUGCCCUUUUCAUCUUGUCCGAAAACGGCAAUAGUUUAC